AAUAUGCGAACACAAGCCGAACGGUUUCCAUUUACUGCUGUGUUUUGUAGCUUGAAAGACGAAAGAUGAAGCUUUUGCUCCUUCUUGCUGCUACGUGUACUGUCUCAGGAAUACGUGACCGCAUCACGGACGGAGGAUUGGCUUCCCCAGGGCAAUUUCCGUAUGUCGUCUCAGUUACUGAAAAUGGUCGUCACAUUUGCGGUGGAUUCAUUUAUAGUGCGAGGUGGAUCGUCACGGCAGCAUCCUGUGUCUUUGGGAAAUCCAUGCUGACUCUCAACGUGGUUGUCGGACAGUUCAACCUUAUAAAUCCAGACGUUAACGAAAAGAUUAUGGAUGUCUAUACGAUCACUGUUUUUCCUGAGUACGACAGUGCGAUCAAACGACAUGACAUCGCGCUUAUUAGGCUGAAAGAAAAUAUUUUGUUCGAUGAUGGAUAUGUUGAUUUCAUCGCAUUUAACGAAGCCGAUAUUUCUAAAAAAGGAGUGAUUAUGGGAUGGGGUGCAACCUUUGACGGUGGGUUGGAGUCUGUCAAUUUACGCUAUGCGGGCGCUGCUAUCUUUCCGACCAGCGAUACAGUACCAUGUGGCAAUUAUGCCAACACCGAGUUUGACACCACGACCAUGAUUUGCAGUACAGUAUCCUUGGCUGCAGUUCCAAGUGGCUCUGCUUGUCAGUAUGACGAAGGAUCCCCAUUCGUGCAAGAAUUUACUGAUCCUGCCGAUCCUUCAUUGGUAAUCCCAACUGCUGUUGGCAUCUUUUCUAAAACUGAGGGCUGCAGAUCGGAUAGUCUAGGAGUUUACACUCGUCUGUCCGUCUAUACUACAUGGUUGCUGGAAACAGCCGGACAACAACCAACGCGUUCGCACAACAGCUCCUAUUUCUAAACGACGAAAAAACUAACGCUUUCACCUCAUUGUAUACCAAAAUCCAACACAGCCCAAAAGUCUCAAAUGGCAAUUUACUAAAAUAAAAACGUUAACUCAGCUA